AUGGCGCAACCCGCAGCAACCUCGCGCUCCCGCGAACCCCCCCAAGGCGAUGAGGAGGCUUCCUCGGAGCUCAAGCUCGGCGAGUUUCAGGAUGUCGAUGCUCUGACACACAGCGAGGCUGCGCUGGUCAUCAAUGCGCUGGUUACUAAGAGACGUAUGGACAAGAAGAAUGUCAACGAGACUGAACUUCUGAUCAAGACCACCGACUACCUCGACCACUUCGCGCGCUUCAAGCGAAAGGAGAACGUCGAGGCUGUGGAGCGCCUCCUGUCGGCGCACAAGGAGCUGGCCAAGUUCGAGCGCGCUCAACUUGGUUCCUUGUGCUGCGACACGUCCGAAGAAGCCAAGACCCUGAUCCCCAGCCUGCAGGACAAAAUCGGCGACGACGAUCUCCAGGAGCUGCUGGAUGAGAUUACGAAGUUGAUGGGCUAUACGAGUUAG